CAUGUUUAUCAUCUUCCCAGGGCUGUGUCUUUAUGAAUGUGCACAGUGUGUUGGAGGGUGGGGAGGGACAGAGGGGUAGUAUGAGUAUGUUUCUGAAAUCCACACAUUAAAGGCAUAAUAUGGGGAAGGGCGUUCAGGACAUACUAAACCUUUGCCCUCAUCUCAUCCUCUUUGGCUUCAGGAGGACUGUAGAUUUUUGCUUUCCAACCCUCUAGCAUACAAUUGCUGGAUCCUGACCUGAACUUAUCCUCCUGCUCGACGUCUCCUUGUUCUUCCUUCUUCUUUUGUCUGCGGAGUCCAGGGAGGUUGCCUCUUACUGUCUCUUACUGUCUCUGAUCUCUUCGGCCAUGAUGUCAACUCAAAGUAGUGAGCAUCCCAUCUCCUUCCUUUUUCCCCACCCAAAAGUCAUUUCCUCUUAGUUCACUACCUGGGAUUUUGAUGCCUGUGUUCUCUCAGUGUUAUUGAUACACAUAGAGAGAGAGAAAAAAGGAACUACUUGAAAUUCCCCAGAAGGUUGUGAGAGUUGUUUUCAGUGUUGCAAUUUGGAACAAGUCAGUUUCUAGUUUAAGUUUCCAUCAGAAAGCUUGUUAGGAGUAGGGUAUAUAAGCUCCAAUAGUAGCAACAGGAGCAGCAGCAGAAGAAACAACUGUUUCAGCCCCAGCGGACUCUGCAGCCUGAACAGAAGCAAGAUGCACCCUCAGAAGUUGGUCGUUUCCUGGUUUUCCCUGCUUUUGCUGGCAUCUCCCAUUGUGGCCAUAUGGGAACUGGAGAAAAAUGUUUAUGUUGUAGAAUUGGAUUGGUAUCCUGAUGCUCCUGGAGAAAUGGUGGUCCUCACGUGUGACACUCCUGAAGAAGACGGUAUCACCUGGACCUCAGACCAGAGCAGUGAGGUCUUGGGCUCUGGCAAAACCUUGACUGUCCAAGUCAAAGAGUUUGGAGAUGCUGGGCAGUACACCUGUCACAAAGGAGGCGAGAUUCUGAGUCGUUCACUCCUCCUGCUGCACAAAAAGGAAGAUGGAAUUUGGUCCACUGAUAUUUUAAAGGAUCAGAAAGAACCCAAAGCUAAGAGUUUUUUAAAAUGUGAGGCAAAGGAUUAUUCUGGACACUUCACCUGCUGGUGGCUGACAGCAAUCAGUACUGAUUUGAAAUUCAGUGUCAAAAGCAGCAGAGGCUCCUCUGACCCCCGAGGGGUGACGUGCGGAGCAGUGUCGCUCUCAACAGAGAAGGUCAUUGUGGACCACAGGGAGUAUAAGAAGUACACAGUGGAGUGUCAAGAGGGCAGCGCCUGCCCGGCCGCCGAGGAGAGCCUGCCCAUUGAGGUCGUGGUGGAAGCUGUGCACAAGCUCAAGUAUGAAAACUACACCAGCAGCUUCUUCAUCAGGGACAUCAUCAAACCAGACCCACCCAAGAACCUGCAACUGAGACCAUUAAAGAAUUCUCGGCAGGUGGAAGUCAGCUGGGAGUACCCUGACACGUGGAGCACCCCACAUUCCUACUUCUCCCUGACGUUUUGUGUUCAGGUCCAGGGAAAGAACAAGAGAGAAAAGAAACUCUUCAUGGACCAAACCUCAGCCAAAGUCACGUGCCACAAGGAUGCCAGCAUCCGCGUGCAAGCCCGGGACCGCUACUACAGCUCAUUCUGGAGUGAAUGGGCAUCUGUGUCCUGCAGCUAGGUUCUAACCUCAGGAUGAAACCUUGGAGGAAAAGUGGAAGACAUUAUGCUAAAUUUUUAAAAGACAUGUCGAACAGACCUCCC